AUGGCUCGUAAAAUGCAUAGUGACGAAAGCCUCGUUGUCAGGCUUCAAGCCGAAAAGGAUAGCGGCGGUCUAACGGACUGUUGGAAUGCGUUACUAGAGUUGAAAUCGUGCACGAAUGAAAUCGUACUUUUCUUUCUUAACGGAGACAGUUACUUGACAAUGGAUUGUUGUCGAGCUAUUCGUACCAUAACUUACGGAUGUUGGCCUUCGAUGCUUACUUCUCUUGGUUUCACUUCUGAACAAGGUGAUAUUCUUCAAGGUUAUUGUGGCGGUGCACCUCUACCACAACCUGGCUUGAUUGAAGACCCGAAUGUUUGA